AUUAUCAACUUUUUCUCUAUUUUUUUUUAAAGUGCGAUAGUUUAACGAAAAUAGCGCCAAAGUAAGUGUUAAUACUUACAAAGUAAUCGAGCGGAAACUAAAAAAAGUGCACUUACCCCGGAAAGUAUAAUUAAAUGCGGCUAAAAUUGGUUAAUUAAAAAGAAACAAGUACAAAAUACGCAAAGCCAUUACAGCUGUCGGAAGAGGAAGAACAAGAGGAAGAAGAAGAACAACAACCAACUUGAAGACGACUCUUCUCGCAAGUUGGCUUUAUUUUCGUUUUUUGCCAUUUCGAUUUCAGUUUUAUUUGGCCCAAUCUACUAAAAUCAUCAAAUUCAAAACUGCAACCAUAAAUGAAUAUAAACAACAACAACAACAGCAAGCAAGAACCACCGAAAAAUCAACAGCAUCGAAAGUGGCAAGAAACUCACAAAUUUCAACAAUAAAACUCAACAUUCAGCUAAAUCGUAAAACAAGAAAUUACAAUCACCAAUCAACAAUCGCCACUUUUUUUUCAACAACAAUUUUCAAAAACUUUCAACAAUAUUUUUCCAACAACCUACAAAUUUCACCAACAAAAUUUUUUUUUUGAAAAAAAAGUUCAACAACAAUUUCCACAAUAACUGUAAACGUGUCGCGAUUUAAAGCUGCCCCUGUCCCGCUCUCUCGCGUGUAUUUCGUCCUGUUUCGUGUUUUUGUACCAUAAUUGUGGUUUGAUAUUUUUUUUUUCUAAAUAAUUAUAUAUAUUGAAAUUGAUUGUGUUACGCGCGUUCGUCCCUGUCACGUGUGCGUCUGUGUGUGAGUGUGUGUUUGGCGAGAGGAAGGAGUGUUACAUAGUUCGUGUAUGCUAUGUCAGCGACGGGGGGCGGGGGCAUUAUGGCGCUCCUCCAGGCGGCUAAAAUCAUCGAGCAGCGCGAGAGGCUCCCGCAGGCGGGGGACGUGCUUGCAGUUGGAGUGGGCGUGGCCCUGCCCCAGCACCAGCAGUCGCUGCAAUGCAAGAGCAUCUCCAUUAUCAACAACAACAAUAGCAGCCAGCACAAUAGAAAUAGCAGCAGCAGCAGCAGCAUCAGUAGCAGUAACGGGACUAUUGCAACGCUACCGUUCACGAACGGAAAUAGCAACGGGAUCGCCGGCAUCGGUAACGUGAACGUAAACGUUAGCGUUAACGUCAAUGCGAACGGGAACGGUCUGAGCAACGGUCACAGCAGUCCGCGCAGUCAAUUAGCCGCCGCCGCCGCCGCCACCGCCGCUGCCCACGAUUACGAGUAUACCACCACCGUCGUUAGCAGCGCAGUCGCCAACGGACACAGCGAAGGUCGCCCCCUCAUCCCGGGGGAUGAUAAUUCCCCAGUCAACAGCAAGAACAAUACCCACUCCCCGCAGCAGCAGCAACAAAAUGCAGUGGGUAGAACAACAGCAACAGCAACAACAACACCAGCAGCAGCAACAGCAGUGGCAACAACAGCAAAGUAUAUGAGAAAUCUAGCCUCAAUAAACCCCUUUAUGCUGCUGGAAGCGGCAGCAGCAAGAACUGCAGCUGCAGCAGCAACAACUGCAGCAGCUGCAACAACUGCAGCAGCAACACCUGCAACUGUGACUGCAACACUUGCAACUGCAGUACCUGCAACACCUGCAACAGCAACACCAACACCACAACCAACAACAAUAUCUAAUCCUGCCAAGCACAAAUUGAGUCCCAUCGCCGAAAUACCGCCGAAAUUUUUAUUCCUAUCGGAUGGCAAGGGGGUAUAUCCAACGCCCAGGAAUGCCAAGGGCUUUAAGGGUGUGGAAAUGAUCAGUGAGAUAAUCGAGGAUCAUGAGAAGCAAUUCUAUAGGAGUAGUGUGGGAUCGACGAACAUUCCCUUGACACCACCGCCCCCGUCCACACGCAAAGUGGACACCAGCAAUUCGCGGAUUCGCUCCUACUCACUGUCCCAUGCCUUUUCAGCGCCCAGAGAUCAGCAGCAGCAGCAGCAUCCAUCAACCAGCCAUCUGCCGCAAUUCCAGCCGCAAAUCAGUUUCGGGAGAUGCGGUAUGGUGGUAUAUGGUCGACCCGGGGAUUCGGUAGACUCUGCUGGAAUCGCAUCAUCAUCAUCAUCAUCAUCGGGAGCAGUGGGAGUUGGAGUAGCAGGAGGAGUUGGAGUGGGAGUUGGAGGCGCUGCGACGAUGGCCAUGAAUAUUGCCUCCUCGGCGCCAGCGGCAGGAUCUCAGCUGACGGCGCACCACCACACGGGACACGGCGGACGCAGGCGCACCACCAGUUCCAACAGCAACGGAGCGGGCACUCGGGAGGUGCACAAUAAGCUGGAGAAGGAGCGACGCGCCCAGCUGAAGGAGUGCUACGACCAGCUCAAAAAGGAGCUGCCCAUGCGGGACGAGGACCGAAAGAAGACCUCCAACUUGACAAUACUCGACAAGGCCCACAAAUAUGUCAAGCAAUUGACGCAGCGUGAUCGCGAGCAGGAGGCGGAGGUGGAGAGGCUGGCGAAGCAGAAGAUUGAGCUGCAGAAGCGGCUGAAGCGAUUGGGUUCGAGAAAGGAAUCGCCGCCCACCGAUCAGCAAUGCAUUCCACAGGCCGACAAAGCCGUUUGCCUGGCAACAACAACCACACCAGCACCACCAACGGCGGCCAGUGUUCGCAAUGGAACCCGAAUUCUAUACGAUGCAGGCAACGCCUGUGCCACUGGGCAGCAGCUAACAACUGUGAUAAACAAAUCAAAUGCCACACCAGCAGCAACAUCAGCAGCAGGAGCAACCGCAGCAGCCAGCAGCAGCAUCAGCAGCAAACUCAUUGGCAACCACACAGGAGGAGCCACAACAACCACACUGACUCCGGCCAUGGGUAUCAUGACAAUUAAGAAUGGCAAUGGCAAUGGCAACAUACCGGCAAUCUCACCAGCGGCAAUCCAGCAGCAGCAGCAGCAACUGCAGCACCACCACAACGGCAGCCCAGCGGGCAGUCCAUCGGGAAUAGGAGCCACUAAUGGGGCCACCAUUACACGUGGCUCGCCCACGCCAUCGACUCCAUCGCCGUCGCCCAGCUCCUCGUCCAGUGGCGUCUCGUCGUCGGCUUCGUUUAUGGGCGGCGGCUCCUCAUCGUCGUCCUCUUCCUCCUCCUCAUCAUCAUCAUCUUCGUCCUCCUCCUCAUCGUCGUCAUCAUCAUCAUCAUCAAGUACGUCGUCCAGUUUGUCGUCACCUACGCAACAACAACAAAAGCAGCAGCAGAUCACCACGCCCACGGCCACCGCCCAUUUAGUGGGCGCCCGCAAUGUUGGCCUCCAAUUCCAUGGCGGUGCGGGUGGUGGUGGUGUCAACGCCCUGAACGGUGGUGCCACCAUCGUGACCGCUGCUGUGCCAACUGGCGGCGGAUCAGCAAAUGGUUUCCAUCAGGCGGAUAAGGAUCGCAACUACAAUUUCCUGAUGCUCAGUGCUGGGACAACCGCACAGUAAACCAACAAACAAAAAAUCAACAACCAACAAACACCUACAACAAUAAUGAAAACAACAACAAAAACAACAACUGAAUUGUGUGCAACAGCUCCCACCUUAUUAAACAAAAAAUGUAACAACAACUAGAAGAAGGUUCUCUAAAAACUCAUUUUUCUUAAAACAACAAGAGAAAAAAUAUUACAUAUUUCUCACACUUUCGCACACAUUGAAAACAACAAGAACAACAACAACAACAGCAGCAGCAACAAUAGCAUCAAACAGCAAAAGAAAAACAUUACAAGCUGUAAUUUUUUAUGUGAAACAAAAAUAAAAACAAAAGCUAUCUAACAGUUCCGCCCAACACUUAGCAUCGAUUUUGAAAAUCAACAAUGUGUAGAAGAAAAUUAUUUUUUAACAAAUAAUUUUAAAGAAACAACAAGAACGCGGGAAAAAACAGCUAACAGCAACAACAACAACACCAACAAUAAACCAACAACAACAGUAACAAGAGAAGACCAAUUAAAUAAAUGUAAAACAACAACGACAGCCAGCAUUCAACAACAACAACAACAGCUUGAAAAACCACAACAAACAAAUCUACAACACACACACACACCACACACAGGCCCAUCAACAUGCAUAUAUACUAUAUACAUUAUAUAUCUAAUUGUACUACUUUAUAGGGAAGCCUAGAAAAGAAGAGAUAAAACACCAAGAAGAAUAGCACACUUAAAUGUAAAACAGGAAAAAAAAACAAAACCAAAAUGCGCUGUUGAAACAGAAACCACCAAUGGGUAACGCUUUAUAAGUAUAUAUAUAUCUCUAUAUAUAUAUGUAUAUGUAUCUAAAACUUAGAAGAAGAUUAUAAAUUAGAAAUAUGUAAAAGCAGGAUUUCCAAAAUUCAUGUGGCAAAAGAAAAAUGCUAAAACGAAAAAAGAUAGAUGUCUCUUUUCUUGACCAAAAACUGAACCAGAAAUAAUUUCUUUUGGAUGAUAUACUUUCUUCUUCUUUCAAAAGCGAAACCACAAAACUUAACAAAAAAGAAAAAAACAAAAAAACAACAGAAACGAAGCAAAAAUCAAAUCAAUAGAAUUAUAUCAAAUUAGAGUGCUUGUAUGUCAAGUAUGUGUGAGUUUGCAAACAAAAAAUUAACCAAUAGUAUGUAAAACUAAAGAGAAAAGCUGGCCAGAGAGUGUUGUAUCUGUGUAAUACCCAUAUUUGAAUUAGAUAUUAAUGUAGCAAGCAAACAAAACAUCGUAGCAAAAAUGUGUAAUAGUGCAAUAAGCUAACAAAAGCCACACCCAUCCCCCACACCCCCUUCUCCCCCAAUUUAACACAAUUUUUUUUUAGAGAAUUUUCAUUUUGAUCUUGUUCUGGAAAGACACGCAUAUAAGACAUUAUCAUAUAAUAUGUAUGUAGUGAUUGCGUAUAAACCACACCUUCUCUUGCAAUUUAAAUUCCUGCCUUAUGCCAUUGAAACGGAAUCAAAGUAAAAACAGAAAAUUUGAUACAACCCCCCCAAACUAAAGCUUAUAAAAUAUUUAUAUACAAGGAAAGGUAAAAAAAAAAAAACAAGAAAAGAACGAAAAUAGCUUAGAAGUAGACAACACAAUUAUCACGAUAAGGGAAAAAAUCUAGCAAAAAGCAGCAACAUAAAACUGAAUGUUAUAUUUUGGAGCAUUUUUUCAAUGUGUAUGUGUUAGCAUAUAUAUACAAAUAUAUUACACAUAUAUCUAGAAAGGAAGAAAAGGAGGAUUGAUAAAAGUAUUAGCAAAAGAUAUCUCUUGAACAAUAAUAAAGGACAGACAGAGAUGGCAAGAGCAGGUCGUCUCUUUCUACUCCCCCUAAAUAUUUGCAAAUUUUUUAUGUCGGGGCAAUGAAUAUAAAACUAUAUAUCAUCUAUCUAUAUAUUUGUAUACACAAACUAAAGUGAGCCGAUCAGAUAGCGUGAAAUUUUCCAUAUAUUUUGUAAAUACUUUAAAACACAAGUGGGAAACUGUCAAGCUUUCAGUUUUUUUUCAUCAAGGGGGACUUACUUUUUUUUUUUAAUAGUUUUUUUUUACCAAAGCGACAGAAAAUCAAAAAUUAUUUUCACAAGAGAGUUUUACACGAAUGGAAAGAGCAAGUAACCAUAAAAAUCGAAAUCUAUAAACUAGAAAUAUAAUUAUAUAUAUGUGUAUGGAACGUCUGUGUAAAUGUGUUUGAAUGUAAAAUGCUUUAGUCACAUAAGUUGAAAGAGAAAUUGAAUUAACUAUAUAGUUAAAUAUGCCUGUGUCUGUCACUCGAUUUCUGUUACUAAUCAUAAAAGAAAAUGUAUAAAAUUAAUAAUACCAACACACGUUUGAAGAAUUAACCUUAACUCUUAAAUUAGAUUUUAUGUUCUUUAAUUUAUGUUUUUUUUCGUUGUAUUAGCUAAAACACAUUUUGAAAAUGUUUUCUUGAAUUUUUUUUAACAUCCUUUGUAAGUAGGCAGUUAAAAAAUGAUUGAACAUAAUACUUUUUGGCGUUAAUUUUAUUAAAAAAACAAACAAACAAGGAAAACAGCAAACAACAAAACGAUUUCAUUUUAGAAAUUUAAGCUUAACUUAACUAAUUAUUAAUGUUUAAACAAAUUUUUUCUUUAAGUUGAAAACAAAUCGGGAGUAUUGCAAAUUAUAAUUAUCAUUAAAUAUACACAACAAAAAAACAACAAAACAAAGGAGAAAACUCAACAAAAAAAUUAUAUUUAUAGAGAAAGCAGACAACAACAAAAACAAGAAAAGAUUAAAACAAAAAACAAUUUCAAACAAAAAAGAAAACGAGAGAAAACCCCUUUAGCUGUAAAUGUAACUUGUAAAAUUAAUUUUAAACGAAAUGCAUACAAAAAUCAACAAAAUCAGAAGAGUAUGUCAAGAAAUAAAAAAGCGUAAAAAAAAGGAUAUAUAUGAAGAACGAUAUAUAUAUAUAUUAUAUAAAUGUAAAUGUGUAAAGAAAACAGAAAAUGCGUAAAAAAAAAA